AUGGUGUUCUGCCGUCUGCUGAAAUUAGCUUCUACAAACACUUCACACUCUUUGAAUUUUCAGUUGCUUGCCUGUGCAGAUAGUAAUCAAUAUUCGUUAUCAAAUUACGAAUUACACUCGUUGGCUGCCAUUUCUACAGCCACAUCAUCCCAUUGCUGUGUAAAAUAUAAGUCACCGUUUGUCUUUCCUGUAUUAGUUUACCCCGUAGUUACCUGCUGUGAAUUUUUUUGGUUCAUUCUGUAUUUUCUAUACUUCCACUUUGUCUUCUAUUGCUUUUUCUGUGGAUAA